UGAUUUAUAAUAAACAGCAUAAAUAAGACAAAUAAUUCAAUAAUUUUUCAAAUUCAUUUCAUCGUAUCAUUCUUUCACCAGAAACUAAAACGACAAUAUGGUUAGUUUGCCUAAUUUAAAAGUAUAUCAUAUACUAUUGUUUUCAUUCACACUUUUCAGUGCCGUUGUUCAUGCUUAUUCAGGUUCAUCAAAUUUAAUUCAAAUUGAUGAUAAUUCAUUCAAGAAAGUAGCUAUUGAAUCAGGGAAAUACGUAUUGGUGGACUUCUAUGCUGAUUGGUGUCGUCAUUGUGCCAAUUUGAUGCCUACCAUUGAAGAAUUGGCUGAUUUGUUCGAACCAUAUCAAGAUCAAAUCACCAUUACUAAGAUUAACGGGGAUAAAGAUGGGAAGAAGAUGGCUAGAAAAUAUGCUGAUAUUGGAUUCCCAACUUUGAAAUUAUUUCAUGGUGAUGAUAAACCGAUUGAAUUCGAUGGAAUGAGAGAUUUACAAAGUAUCAGUAAUUUCAUUCAAGUUGCUAGUGGGGUUAGACUUGGUGAAGAUAAUACUAACCAAAUUGAAGAUAAACAACAAAUCCUUGAAUAUAUGAAUAAUGAAGAAGAAAAUGAAAAGGAAGAUCAUAUUAUUAAAUUAGAUGAUGCUACUUUUGAUAAUGUAAUCUUGGAUUCUGGAGUUAAGCAUUCUAUUGUGGUAUUUUCAGCUACUUGGUGUAAAUAUUGUCAAGAGCUUAAACCCUUCAUUAGUGAAUUAUCUAAUGAUAUUUUCAUUAAUGAUAAGAAUCAAUUACAAUUUGCUGUGGUGGAGAAGGAUGUGGUUGAAGCUGAAAAAAUAUUUAGAAAGUAUAAUGUCGAAUAUUUACCUGCUAUCCUUUACUUUAAUAGUGAUCUUAAAGAUGAUCCUAUUGUGAUUAAAAAUCGUGAUUUACCAAGUUUAUUAGAAAAGAUUAAUGAUUUAACCAAGAUUCAUAGAAUUAGAAGUGGAAGAUUAUCUGAUAGAGCUGGUAGAAUUGAAAAAUUGGAUAGAAUUAUUCAAAGUAAAUCUACCCUUAGUAAAAACAUUGCUAUUGAAAUUUUAAAUAAAGAAGUUUCAAAAUUUGAAGAUUCAGAAAUGAUAAAUUAUUAUAAAAAAUUACUUAAUAAAAUCAUUAAUGAUGGUACUGAAGAAUCUCAAAAAUUUUUUAAUAAUGAAAUCAAUCGAUUAUCUAACAUUUUAACCAAUGAUAUUGCCAAAUUAAAAUCAACUAUCAUUGAUUCUAUGGAAAGAAGAUUAAAUAUAUUAAAGGUAUUUAUAUAGGUAUUAAAAGUCUAGCUAUCUAUAUAGUAA